AUGGCGCGGAGGCAGCAGGAGAGGGGGCCCAGCCGGAGGCAAAGAGGGGAGGGAGGAGAUGUAGGGAGUCCCCCUGGACAGGGAUGCACAGUGCUGGCCUUGCCGCGGGCGGCAGUGGCAGCGCCGGUGGCGCCCGUGCCGGGCAGCGCGCUGUCGGACAGGGAGUACGAGCAGUUCUUCGCCAGGCUGCACCCGCCCUGGCAGGCCAACAUGUUCUGCCUGCUGCGCCAGGCCUACGGCUGCCUCAGCCCCAGCAUCCUGCGCCUGGACCAGGACGAGAACCACGGGGAAAUCCCCGAAGGGCCAGUCUGCUCUGAAUUUCCAGAGGUGGUGCUGUUCCAGACCUUCUGCCAGUUCGCCCAGUACCGCUGCCUCAAACAGCAGUUCUUCAUCAAGCGAAUCCCGUGUUUGAGCGAGUCUCUAGCAAGCCCUUCCCCAAUGGAGCCAUCCAGCACCGUGAAACCCUCGGUACAGGGCAGAGCCUCCCCUGUCACACAAGCUGCCCUGCACCCCUGCAGCUUUCUGUCUGGCCUCCAAAAGCCGCCUUCGGCCGCUCCAUCCCUCUGUGUCAGCACCCAGGAGCAGGCUGUUCUGUCAGCUGCUGAUGCCCUGCUGCAGGACAGCGUGGCAGACCUUCUCAAGUUCUCUCCUGCACUGUUAGCUCAGAAACCGUGGCCGACGAAGCACCCCACAGCCACGGCAAAGGCGCCCACGCCCUGGGAGAAGAGCAGGACUGUGCACCCACCAAAUCUCUGGGCUGCCACCUCACCUUCCCGGACGGAAUCCCCUGACGAACAAAACCUGAGAAAAAGCAUCUGGCAGCUGAUCCAUUCAGCCCUCUCCUUGGAUGCAUCCUUGGACACCAAGGCCCCCUCUUGGAACUUCACCAGCCCAGUUCCAGGAGGCACAUCAGAGCAGGAAACUCCCCCCCGAGGCAGCCUUCUGGCCCUGCAGAACGAUGAGGCAGUGCUGGUCCUGUGCUACGCAGUGCUGGAGGGAAAUUGCCUCUCAUCGAUGCUCACCAUGGCCUGGAAGGAGAUGGAAAAAAGAGUCCUUGGGUUCGGAGACUCGGUGUGUGACAACCUUGGGCGGCACCACAUGGACCUGUGCCCCGACUGCGCGUUCUGCUCGCUGAAGAGGGAGCAGUGCCGGAACAUCGAGACCCUGAACCGCGUCCACUGCGACUCGGACGACUUCGUCACCUACAUCAACCCCGAGAUCUCAGCCCAGCACAGGCACUUAGAGGGCAAGUCCAGGUCCUCACAGACCCCGGAGGACUACAACGUGGACUUUUUGAGAGGGAUGAGGAUGGAGUACUGGUGCAGCCGGAUGGCCAUCUAUGGCUGUAAGGACCCUGCUGUGACCUUCUGGCUGAAGGCAGAGUAUGACAUCUUCCCAGAGGUGGAUGGCUCAGGAAAGAUCUGUGACUCGAGCGGGGUUCAACAUCCCAACUACUGCAUGUUCAAGAGCUACCAGUGCCUCCUGAAGAGUAUCUACAACGAGAGGGUGUUUCGCGUGAAAUGCAGGCGUAACAAGACCUACCGGGUGCUGAGUGCGAGGGAGGGACGCAAGGAGGUGCAGCUGUGGCAAGAGAGGUUCCACAGCCUCUCCAGGAAGCAAUCAAAAAAUGAUUAA